AAUCAUUUAUUUGCGCUAACUUACCACUAACUAAACUUAAAUUUGCAAACCAACUAGGAUUAUGUGAGAUAUAGUUGAGAUCAGUGCUUUUGUAGAGCAAUGGUGGCCAAACCAACUCGUACUGUGUGCCUAGUUCAGUUCGUGAUCUACUGUGUGUUCUUCUGUGUUCGAUCUGUUUGUCACGUAUUCCAGAUAUACAUUGCCCAAGAGUACUGGCACUUGUGUCCGGCUGAGCCCAGACUGCCAAUAUGGAACCUAGUGGACGCCAUCUUUGGACUAACCUUCCUCACAAUCGAAGCCGCGGAGAAAGUUAUCUUCCGCCCAAGUGUCUUUGCUAAACUGAGACAUUAUAUUAAGCAUGUAUCUGCGUCUGCGAUUAAAGUGUCCUGUACUGCCUCACGAGCUGCAUGCGCAGUCUUUCUCUGCAUCUGGUUUUUCUUCGGUAACUUUUUGGUGUUCGCCGUUUCGUAUGACUUAGUUCACGACCAAAACAACACAACCGAUACUGUGUUCUCAUUGGUCAUCCACUACAGCCAGCACAACCAAUCAGAGACCUUGUUGGACAUAUUCCGAAAUGCACAACAUGUGUUCAUUCCGAUGGAUGACUGGUCCUCCGAUAAUGUCUGCAACGCCACUCUGUACUGGGCCUCAUUUUGGAUCAUAGUUGGAUCCUACAUUCUGAUUGGUCUAAUUUUCGGAGCAGCUUGUUCCCUCGCCUUUUGCACACUCCCAGUUUUAAAACUGCACUACUGUGUUAAAAACUGGUGCUCCAAAAAUUUUUCAUCGCCCAGCUUUUCUAGCAGUAAGCAAAAUAAUUAUGGAGCUAUUUGAUAUGUUUUAGAAUUAAAUCUGAUUUCAAAA